AUGAGCACGCACAGCCCACCGCCUCUGUAUGAGCUGGCCAAGCAGAGCCUGCUGAAGACUGAGCCCAUAGCCAGCACUGCGCUGCAUGACCUGCCCUCCCCAAUCUUCCAUGACUUAUUCAUGGACGCCUUCAUGGGGGAACACAAUGAGGUCCUGAAGGUGAUGGUGCAGGCCUGGCCAUUCCCCUAUCUACCUUUGAGGAGCCUGAUGGAUUUGAGGGAACCCAAGAUGCCACACUCUCAGGUUGGAGAAAUCACACUGCAACAGAGAAACCUACAGACAUUAGAAGCCAUAUUGGAUGGAAUCGAUAUACAGCUGUCCCAGAAGGUUCAGCACAGCAGGUGGAAACUGCAGGUGCUGGACUGGAGGGAUGUACACCAGGACUUCUGGACUGUAGGACCCAGAGCCGUGAGUGCUGCCUACUCAGUCGAUGCCAGGGAUAAGGAACUGGACAGGCCUGGGUUAAGUGAGGAGAACCCAACCUUGAGAAUAUUCGCAAACCUUUGUUUUGAAGCCUGGAGUCUGUUUUGUGCCACCAAUGAUCAGUUACAGCUCUGCCUCUUGAAGUGGGCCCGAAGGAGAAAAGCUUCAGUGCACCUGCACUGUGAGAAGGUGAUGAUCAACUCCAGUGCUGUCUUCAAAAUCCUGAAGCUUCUGCAAGCUGUGCAACUGGAUUCUAUCCGUGAGGUGGAGGUGCUUAGUUACUGGGGUCCAGAGAGAAUGAAAGCAUUUGUUCCUCAGCUAAGGAAGAUGAAAAACCUUCACACAUUUCACUUCAGAAGCCUGAGUCCAGAAGUGUGUACUGCACCCUGGAAAAGGAAGUGGUAUUCCCGCAUCUAUGCCUCAAAUUUAGCACAGCUGAAAAAUCUCCAUGAGCUUCAGAUGGAUGAAGUCUUCUUCCUGCAUGGAAAUCUGCAUAAGAUCAUCAGGAACCAGACCCCCUUGGAGGCCCUCUCCUUGAGUUCAAGUCCACUGAAGGAAUCUGACCUGCAGCAUCUGUCCCAGUGUGCAAGCACAAGCCAGCUCAAGUCCUUGACUCUGAGGAGGAUUUCAAUGAAAUCAUUCAAACCUGAGACUCUCCAGGGAUUGAUAGACAAUGUGGCCAGCACCCUGGAGACCCUGGUCCUAGAACACUGUGACAUCACAGACUCCCAGCUCCUUGCCAUCUUGCCUGCCCUGAGCCGCUGCACCCAGCUCAAGACUUUCAGUUGCUAUGGGAACCACUUUUCCCUGGGCAUGCUUCAGGUCCUGCUGCACCUUACUGCUGGACUGAGCCAGUUGUCCCAGGGGCUGUAUCCUGCUCCCCUGGAAAGCUAUGAGUCCAAUAUUCCAACCAAGUUUGUGCACCCUGAGCUAUUUGCCCAAGUUCGUGCUGAAUUGGCAGAGGUUCUAAAGGUGAUAAGACCAUCUCUUAGGGUCCAGAUCUGUACUUACUCCUGUAAUUUUUAUAUGAUAUGCCAAUUCUAUAGCCUGGAUCCCAGUGGGAACUGGGAAGUCACAGAGGAGUAUCGCUAUUGA